GACGAGAGAGCGAGAAUUCGGCUGCGUCCUGGGCUCGAGGCGAUCUGGACGACCUCUGAUGUCCGUUUCCCGCUCGCCGUGGCCUCGAUUUCCCAUCCGAAUCCCCUCGGUCGCUGCCCACUCGCUGCUCCUGCUGCUAGACGCGCUGCCGCCUUGCGUUGCCAGUGCGUCGAGCCUGCCACGAUCCGCCCAAAGCGGCGAGCGAGCGAGCUGCCUCUGCUGGCCAGACUCUCUGCCUGUACGACGAUUCCCUUCCCCCCCUCCCCCCCGUCCUGCCUGUGUUGUCGCCUGUCGCUCGUAUUUCUAUUUCCUCACGACUGAUUGACUUGCCUGCCUGUCCUGCGUUUUCUAGCCUUCUGAUCUCCUCCCUAAACCUGGCCCAGCCCAACCUCUGACUCGCAGUGGCCCUGCUCUAUCUGCAGCAGU